ACGGUGAUCUCGUUGCAAUAGGUAUCAUCAAACCUCGCGCCUUACUUCAAGUAGCGUAUGGCUUUGUGGAAAACUUGACAUCUGUUACGCAGUGUAGGGCUUUGUAUCUUCUCUUUCUGCGGGCGACCUGUUAUGGUACCUCUGUUUCCAGCGUGGCUGGCUUUUUACCAUGGCGAGCCAGACUAUACGAGCUUGCCAGAUAUGGUUUUUGGUUAACACAUAAUGCCAUGGCCAGAAGAUGGGCUAUCGAGAUAUGUAACGUUAUUGAAAGGGCAAAUGCACAACGUGAAAGGGUUCAUUGUCCAGGUGCGCACGUGUGGGAUGCAAAACUCACUGCGCAAUCCUUUCACGAGCUGUUACAAGAGAGUCACCCCAAGGACGAUUUGUUCUCGGCGGUGUUGGGAUAAAUGAAUAACGUUUCAUCAAUAUAUCAUCAUAACGGUGUAUUUUUAUAAUAGUCCAUGUCUGCCACUAUGAUUUCCACUUUCUAUCCCAGUAU